ACCUGGAGGAGAGACCCUCCGCUCUGGACCCUCCCCGCCCCCCUCACCCGCCUCUGAUUGGAGAUUUGUUUCAUCCUGAGAUCAGAUUUGUUUUCCGAGGACCAGACGGCUGACAUGGAUCCAGUCACCUGUCGGACAGACACUCCAGCUGGGACGCCUGAGGAGUCCGGAUCUCCUGCAUCCAAGGGCUCGAGCGCUGAAGAAGCGUUUGUCCCGACAGUCACUGUCAUCUCCUCCACCCCGGACUUGCAGUGGAUGGUGCAGCCUACCAUCAUCACAUCUGUCUCUCCCUCCCUGAGCCGGCAACGCUCCCACAAGGCGGCACCCAAAUCAGGCGGGGGCAAGAGCAAGAAUGCGGCCAGGAAGGCGAAAGCCGAGCAGCUGUCUCCAGAGGAGGAGGAGAAGAAGAGGAUCAGGAGGGAGAGGAAUAAAAUGGCGGCGGCAAAGUGUCGCAACAGACGGAGGGAGCUGACAGAUACGCUGCAAGCCGAGACGGACCAGCUGGAGGAGGAGAAGUCGGCCCUGGAGACAGAGAUCGCCAACCUGAUGAAGGAGAAGGAGCGGCUGGAGUUCAUCCUGGCGUCCCACAAACCUCUGUGCCAGAUGCCCGAGGACAUGGAGAGCAUCUUCCCGGAGCAGGCCUCAUCUCCAGAACUCCCUCCCAGCCCAGACAGGAUUUCAGAGGACAGUGCCCAGGAAGCUCCAUCACUCCAGGACAUGGACAUUCCCAGCGACCCAUCGACCGCCAUUUCUGGGAAUUCCGACAUCUUAUUAUGCGCCAGCGCCGAGGUCAGCAUCAACGACCUGGAGCCGUCUCUGGACCUGAAGGAUGGACUGCUGGACAAUAUGCUGCCCAGCUUGGAGGAGAAGACCCCUCUGGAGACGGCGAGGUCGGUUCCCGACAUAGACCUGAGCAGCUCUCUCGGCGUCUCGGACUGGGAGACCCUGUACAAGUCUGUGUCCGGCGACUUGGAGCCGCUGAGCACCCCGGUGGUGACCUCCACCCCGACGUGCAGCAGCUACCUGUCCGUGUUUACCUUCGCGUGUCCCGAGCUGGACUCACUCGCCGAGACGCUCGACACCCACAAAGGCGGAGGAGCCAAGUCAGAAUCGGUCGACAUUCUCAACUCGCCGACUCUCCUCGCCUUAUAAUGACGAUCUCAGUUCCGUUUGGCGGAAUGCCGCAGUGAAACCCGGAGAAUACUUCUCGGAACCGACUGAUGUAGCUGAAGCAUGACUUCGAUGUCAACUCGCAUGCUGAGAAACAUCAUUGUACAUGACGGCGUUACAGAGCCCUGUGAGGGAAACUCUUGCGUUUGAGGAUGAGACGGUUUUCCCGUCAAGAUGCUAGUGAUGCUAACUGAUAGCAACCAACUUCUCUCUGACGUUAGCUGCUAAACCUGAGCAACACAAGCAAAAACAAUAGCAAAAAGAGGCUGGUGAAUGAAACAAAACAUCUUGAUAUGACUUAUACUCUGUCGUAUUUUCAAAUAUAUAUAUAAAUAUAAACAUAUAUAUAUAUAUCACAUGUUUCCUUGAGACGUAAUGUGAUGUAUGGUUUGGUGUUCUGGUGUCGGUAGCGUAUCGUGUGGUGUCAAUGUCGUAUCUACACUUUCAUCAGUGCCUGCAGUACCUCGACGUCAUCGACCGUGGUUCCAGAUCAUUGUCAUUAUGUCCGAAGUUUUCCAUGAAAACAUCCAGUGCUGUAAACUAUAUGAGAUAAACAUACUGAUCGAGAUGUAACUUAUGAUUUAUUUUUCUACCGUGACGAUUUUGUUAACUUUAUGACGGAGUUGAGCAUCGAAUGCCUAUCUAUGCUGCUAACAUGUUACAAU